UUGCCUUUUAUUGUGUUCUUUUUAGUGCACGAUAUUGUAAAACUUCGAAGUGGCGUUGUGGGGCGCAUUCCGGACAUUGUUGUUUGGCCAGCAAGUGAGGAUCAAGUCGUGGAGAUUAUUGAAGGUGCAAAAAAAUAUGACGUAGCAAUAAUCCCAAUUGGUGGUGGAACGUCGGUGUCGGGUGCCUUGGAAUGUCCGAAAUAUGAAGCACGCUCAAUUUGCUCGUUGGAUAUGUCGAUAAUGAAUAAAAUUAUCUACAUUGAUGAGGAAAAUUUGCUAUGCCGAGCACAGGCAACUUUUUUUUUAUUGCUUAAUGAGAAGGGCUUUACUUGUGGUCACGAGCCAGAUUCGGUGGAAUUCAGCACUCUUGGUGGAUGGGUUGCUACAAGGGCAUCCGGAAUGAAGAAAAAUAAAUAUGGAAAUAUUGAGGAUUUGCUAGUCCAUGUUACCUUAAUUACACCACAAGGAUAUAUCCGCAGGCAGUGCCAAGUUCCCCGAAUGUCCAGUGGUCCAGAUUUACAUCAAGUAGUACUUGGUUCCGAGGGGAUCCUCGGAGUAGUUACGGAAGCAACGAUAAAAAUAUUCCCGAAACCUGAAGUGAAAAAGUAUGGUUCUCUCAUAUUUCCAACAUUCCGGCAUGGCGUCAACUUUUUUCGUGAAGUUGCAAGACAGCAUUGCGAAUGCGCAUCGUUACGGUUGGUCGACAAUGAGCAGUUCUCAAUGGGCCAAGCGAUGAAAAUUGAUGACGGUUAG